AUGCGUACAAAAUAUUCAUCUGGAUUGGAUGUUCAAGAAUCAUUGCAGCAAUUAAAGUUUCACAGGGAAACCGAAACAACAAAGCUUUUUGAGGACGGCAUUCAAUACCAUGAUAAUACAAGGUUGGCAGACAGUCUUUACAAAAGAGUACGUGUACUUUGCUGGAUCUUGUCUUCCCCAGACAACCUUAAAAGAAAAGCUCAACAUGUCCGUGCCACCUGGGCGAAGCGAUGCAAUAUUGUUAUAUUCAUCAGCUCCAAGACAAAUACAAAUUUCCCGGCAGUGGGUUUUAACACAACUGAAGGCGUAUACCAUGUAACUGCUAAGACAAUGCAUGCAUUUAAAUACUGUUGGGAUUAUUAUAGGGAUCAAGCUGACUGGUUCCUUAAAGCUGAUGAUGAUUCAUUCGUCAUCCUAGAAAAUCUGCGAUAUUUUUUAUCAGCUUAUAAACGAACAGAUCCUUUAUACUUUGGACAUAAGUUUAAGACAAAGCUGAAACAGGACUAUUUCCAGGGUGGAGCGGGUUAUGUGUUAUCUCAUGAAGCACUGAGACGUUUUGGUGAGAAGGGAUUUCAGGAUCCCAAACACUGUCGCCCAAAAGGAGGCGCAGAAGACAUCGAGAUUGCAAAAUGUAUGGAACAUCUAGGAGUUACCAUGGGAGACUCGAGGGAUGCUAUGGGACGGAGUCGUUUUCAUGUUUUUAAUCCCCCAAUACAACUCGAGGGAAGAUUUCCUGCAUGGUACUACAAGCAUGAUGCGCAUGGAGCUCCAUAUGGUCCUGAAAGCAUCAGCAAAUACGCAGUAUCAUUCCAUUCAGUCGAACCCCAAAUGAUGUACCAUUUAGAUUACUACAUAUAUCAUCUACGUCCUUAUGGUAUCGUCACUGGCAAUAUGGAACGCAAUGCCAAACCUUAAGAGGUUUGCUGACGCUCACACAUGAGGGUACCAAACAAUGCAUUUGAUGAUCGACUUGCAUACCAAGCUUAUGUUUUUGAUAAUGAACUUAUUCUGAUAUUCCUUAUUUGGGGGUUAUUCCCCUUUAAUGGAAUACUUAAUGGAGGCCGAAGAAUUGGUCUUCAGAAACAUUCAUAUUUUGGGCUACUAAUUAUUUUCAUCAUAUAUCUUUGCAAUUUUUAAAAAAUUACUGAUAUUUAGCUCAUUUGUAAGCAUUCGAUUUCCUACCAUCCUUCAAUAUUUCAUAACCAUCAUACUGAUAAUCACAAUGUUACAGCACUUUAAACACAGUGGCCUUUAUUUCACUUUAAACAAACCUGCACGUGUCGUCCAAAAUGUCCGUACCUGAUUUCUACCUCUGGGGAUACGCCAAAGAUACUAGCGUGUACAAGAAUGACCUUAGGACAAAUGCAGACCUCAAAAGGGAGAUCAUCCGUGUCAUUCAGGCCAUAUCUGCUGAGGAAUGCUGUCGGGACUUUGACAACUUAAUUGCGCAGCGCAAGUAUGGCCACACCUGGAGCAUGUUGUUGAAAGUGCUGUAA